CGGCCGAUCGAUGAAGAUUGCAGUGGUGUGGGCGAUUCUCUUGGUGUGGACAUCAUGCACCGAAGCAACUUGUGAUGCAGACGCUCAGUGCACCAUGGACGAGCGCAGUCAACUUAACUUCGACAUCGUCGAAAGCGUUGUCUUGGCCUCAUCCGUGUCACGCGUCCAUCGAUACACCGCCGCGUCGUACGCAGCCAACGACCCGAACGAAGAUCGAUACGUAGUGCAAGUUGACUCGGACGCAGUGUUCGCGUCCGUCUUGGACGGCCACGGGGGCUGGCAGGUGGCCGAGUACGUGAACAAGCACUUGGUCAACGACACCGCCGCCCUGCUUCGAGAUGUCGCUUCGAACGACCCCACCUACAUCGCAUCGUUGUUGUCGAGUGCGUUCGUGGCCACCGACGACGCGAUGCGCACCCUCCUGCUUCCAGCCUUUCAGUUGGGAUUCGGGGAAGUGAACCGCGUGGGUGCGUGCUCGAUGCUGGCGUAUGCAAAAGAGGACACUUUGGUCGUGGCCAACGCCGGCGACGUAAGAGCGGUGCUAGCGUCGAUCGAUGCCUCGGGGGGGCUGGUGGCAACACCCCUGAGCACCGACCACAACGCCAAGCACGCGUCCGAACAAGCUCGGUUGGUCGCAGACCAUCCAAAUGAGUCCAACUUGGUCAUGUGUCAGUCGCGCGAGGCGUGCUACGUCAAAGGCGGCUUGCAGCCCACUCGCGCGUUGGGCGACUUUGCCUUCAAAUAUGAAGAAUUCAACACGUUUCCUCUCGGUCCCAAGCAUAAAGGCGGCGGUCGCUUCAUCCCGCAGCCAUACACACCGCCAUACGUGCUGGCAGUUCCGGAAAUCCAAGUACAUACGUUGACGGAUGCUGAUCACUUUCUUAUUUUGGGAAGCGAUGGACUAUGGGAUGACCUGUCCAACGAAGAAGCGGUGAAAAUUGUCGCUCAUUUCGCGUCUCGUGGUCUGCACAACCUAGCCGCCCAGGCAUUGAUUGACCAGGUGAUCGCCAAGACAGCUGAUGGAUUCCAAGUGCGUGCGGCCGAUAUUGCCGCCUUGAUACCAGGACGCAAACGACGUCAAGUCCACGAUGACACGACCGUCGUGGUGCUAUUUUUCCAGCCGUCAUCAGCAUGUUCCGUACGAACAACAUAAUCGAGCACUAAUUACUAAAGUAUUAACUACCUCAAUUGAAUUCGA